CGAAGCUUCAACCAUUUUAGAGAGAGAAAGGAAUAGCCAUUAACAAACCAAAACCAGAUCUUCGAUCUUCCUCUUCCUUUGGCCUUUUUUUUCCCUCCCCCGUCGCAUUUUCUCGAGAAAAACCACCACCUCCUGCUCCUCCUCCUCCUCCUUUUAUUUUCCCGAGAAAAUCCAUAUUCCCCCCGGCGGAAAAUUUGUUCUCUGCCUCCCUCGCAGAGAUUCUGAUCGACGAUCCCGCGGAUUAGGAAUUCGCGCGACGGUGCCUCUUUUUGUCCGUUUUCUGCGGAGGCGGCUCCGCCGGUGCAUCCGUUACCUCCGAGCCUCGCACUGUCGGUGCCUCCCUCUCUCGCUCUCUGUUGUUCUUCUUUAUGUUUUGGGGCGUAACGGAGAUGGGGAGAUCCGUACGGCCGUGGUUCGGCAUUGUUGAGUUUCAAUGCGGUUUCAGCUUUUACGAGCUUUCAAUGUCGCGUGAGAUGUAAAUGCUCGCAUCGGCCGUUCCGUACGCUCUGACUUCCUAACGACAGAGUCCUGCACAUGUGCGCUGCUGAGAUUGAGGCUUAAGGUUAAGCUGGUGAUUAUUAUAGUGGAUUGAGAUGUCAGAAGAAAUAGAAGGAAUGAGCGGUUAUGAUGACCUAAGAGAAAGAAGAACAGAUCCUGAGAAUGCCGAUGACGAAAGACGGAGAUCUAAAAUUGGGAGUCUUAAGAAGAAAGCUAUAAAUGCUUCGAACAAGUUCACUCAUUCCCUCAAGAAGAGAGGAAAAAGGAAAGUCGAUUACAGGGUACCAGCAGUUUCCAUAGAGGAUGUAAGAGAUGCAAAAGAGGAAGGUGCAGUUCUUCAAUUGCGUCAAAAGCUUCUUGACAGAGAUUUGUUGCCAUCUAGGCUUGAUGACUAUCAUACAUUGUUGAGGUUUCUGAAAGCUAGGGAUUUUAACAUUGAAAAAACAAUCCAAACAUGGGAGGAGAUGCUUAAUUGGAGGCAAGAAUAUGGAACAGAUACCAUCUUGGAGGAUUUUGAGUUUAAUGAGUUAGAAGAAGUCUUGCAAUAUUAUCCACAAGGGUACCAUGGCGUUGAUAAGGAGGGCAGGCCAGUGUACAUUGAAAGGCUGGGUAAAGCUCAUCCUAGUAAGCUCAUGCGUGUAACUACUAUUGAUCGAUACGCAAGAUAUCAUGUCCAAGAAUUUGAGAGGGCUCUACAGGAGAAAUUCCCAGCAUGUUCAAUCUCAGCAAAGAGGCGAAUAUAUUCAACGACAACUAUAUUGGAUGUACAAGGAUUGAGCAUGAAGAACUUCAGUCGAACUGCCGCAAGUCUUUUGGCUGCUUUGGCAAAAAUAGACAACAAUUACUACCCUGAGACUCUACAUCGCAUGUACAUUGUUAAUGCCGGUCCUGGCUUCAAGAAAAUGAUCUGGCCUGCAGCUCAGAAACUUCUUGACGAGAAGACAAUUGGAAAGAUACAUGUUUUGGACCCCAAAUCCUUACCUCGACUGCUUGAAGUUAUUGAUUCAAGCCAACUGCCUGACUUCUUGGGUGGUUCUUGCACCUGUUCCGGUGAAGGAGGAUGCCUUAGGUCUAACAAGGGUCCGUGGAAUGAUCCUGACAUAAUGAAGCUUGUGCGCAACGCGGAAGCAACAAUUGUGAAACAAAUUACCAGAGUUUCUGGCGAUCAAGAGAAAGUUGACUCUUAUAUUCAGAUACUCCCGUUGAAGGGUAGAGCUAGUGAUAUGUCAGCAGCUGAAUCGGGGUCAGAUGUAGAUGAUGCUUGUUCUCCAACACCACAAAGAAGUUCUAGGUUUCCUUGUUUGGACCCAGUGCAUGAAGAGGCAAGAAAAUCAGACUCGGAUGCCUAUUACAGCUGCCAUGAUAACUUCAUUUCAAUUAGGAAAGCCAGUGACAGUGAACAGGGCGUGGAAGCUGCUCAGGGUCUGCUGCUUAAAAGAAGUUUGUCUUGCAAGGACCAACAGACCUCAGAAGGGACUUCUGUUGUUCAUUGGUUAGGCAACAUCAGGGAAAAGUUGGAUGUCAGGAAUGUCCAGUGUGCAGCACGGAUACUGGUCUCAUUCAUGGUCAAACUUGUUGCAUUCUUCCGCCUUUUUGCAUCUAAAUUAGGGAGAAAGCGGAAUAGUGUUCAUCCGUCUAAUGUGAUUGAGAGCAACACAAACAGCCAACUGCAAGUUGUUGAUGAUAUAAAUGAAGAAGAUCGUCUCCUCCCAUGUAUAGAACGUCUUCAAAGACUAGAGAAAACAAUUGAGGAACUUAGCCAUAAGCCUGCAGAAAUUCCAUUGGAAAAGGAGAGAAUGCUUUUGGAAUCUCUGGACAGAAUAAAGUUGGUGGAGUUUGACCUUGAUGAAACAAAGAGAGUACUUCAUACUGCAGUGACGAAGCAACUUGAGAUCACUGAACGAUGGGAGAAUUUGCAGCAUUCGAAGUGUCGACAAAGAAGGUUCUUCUGUUAAAUGCUUGAAGACUCCACUGUGGAUACUGCAAAGAGUGCAGAUGAGAACACAGAAAAGUUGGUGCUUUGGUCCAUGAUAUUGGCUUUGCGAAGCCACUAUGGCACCCAACCCUCGCUUUUUGCUGUUAGGUUAUGCUCUAGUCAGCGAUGGAUGCCUGCUGCUUCAUGGAUGUCCUGCAGUUUCGACAUAGCAUAUGGAAGAAAGAAACACCUGAAAGAAAUUCUUUUUGUUGCACGGCACUAUGUUCGUGGCCACUUCGCUGGAACCAAAUGUAUAUCCGAGCAUUGUACAGUGGUGAAUGCUUAAUGGGAUAGAAGAGAAAAGUGGGUGACUGAUAGUAAAGUAAUUGCAGUCCCUUUGAUAUAGAGGAUUGCUUUUGAAAUUUUGUC